AUGGAUUUGCGUAAACGGGUUUGGAGUAUCUGUUCAAUGGUUGGCUUGGUGCUCUGUGUGUGUGAACGUAAGUACACUGCAGCCGUACUGUGCUUCAUAUUCCUCAGUCAAAAUACCACCGACAGAAACGCUGUUAAAGCUUCACAUGUGCUGAACAGAGUCACUCGGUGAAAGGAAGUGGGAGGCUCCUCGCUUUGACGGCUGGUACAACAGUCUGGGAAACCCAAGACGCGGAGCCGUCGGUAAGUUUUCAGAUUGAGGAGGUAGCACCAUAGCGGGAACAAAGCUCACGAGCUCACGGUUUACCUGCCUGUGUUUGGUCUGUGCUCGCGCAGGGUCAAACUUUGUGCGCCUCGUGCCCGCGCAGUACUGGGACGGAGUCUACCAACCUGUCCACGAGCCGCAGCUCCCAAACCCACGCAGACUGAGCAGGUUGCUGGUGGCUGGACCCUCCGGUCUGCCCUCAACACGAAACCGGACCGUACUUUCUCUGUUCUUCGGUAAAUAUAUGAAAAGUUGACGCUUUGAGUUACAGUUUUAAAAGUUAUAUGACAGACAGAUUAGCAGGUUACCCAUAAAACUUACAUUGAAUGACAAAGAUGGGGUGGGCCAGCACUUCUACUUUCCCCCCACUUAUGAAAAAGGUAAGUUAUGUCUACUGUAAUAUUUUUUAGUACAACACCCCUGUUGAAAAUUUUAGAUAAACCAAAAAAAGCCAAUCCCUAGACAUAUUUACAAGUGAAUUUAAUUAACUGAACCAGCCAUUACCUUAAACACUGAUUCUAUAUUUUCUGAACAUUCUUGUGUCUCUCUCUUUCUCUAUCUCUCUGUAUUCCUCCCCAACCCAGCAGCGGCUUGGUGGCUGUCUAGUAUAAGUCUGGUCCUUCCCAAGGUUUCUGCCUAUUAAAAGGAAGUUUUCCCUUGCCACUGUCACUCAUGUUAGAUAAGAUGGGCCAAAUCUGUCCCAUCUUAGGUCGGGUCUUGAUAAUUCAUCAAACAAUGAGCGUGGUCUAGACCUGCUCUUUCUCUUUGGAAAGCCUCUUGGGAUGACAACUGUUGUGAAUUGGUGCUACAUAAAUAAAAUUUGAUUGAUUGAUUGUGUAAAUAUGGGUAAUUAUAUUCUUCUUCUCAGGUUAUCAUGUUGCUUUUGAAAUAUUUGACACAAGAUCCCCCGGGUGUCCUCCUGAGUUCAUGAACAUCCCAGUCCCAAAGGGUGACCCUGUUUUUGACCCCGUCGCCACUGGAAAAGUCCUGCUGCCUUUCCAGAGAGGAUUGUGGGAGAAAGAGUCCGGCCAGAGUCCUGGUAACCCUAGGAAACAGGUGCAUAUUGUCAACUCUGAUCAAUACAAAGAAAAGAUGUGACAAUGCUGCAAAAAUGUAGCCCCAAUAAGUCCUGGGGGUCACUGUUAAUCAUGUUAUACUGCAGCCUUUUUUUUAAUUGAAGUGCAAUAAUUGAUGUACAACACAUGCAGGUGAACUUGGUGACAGCAUGGAUAGAUGGCAGCUCCAUCUAUGGCCCCUCCACGUCUUGGUGUGACUCUCUGAGAAGCUUUUCUGGAGGGCUGUUGGCUUCAGGCUCUGAGUGGAACAUGCCAACUCAGGGAACGGAGCACAGUUUUAUGUGGAGCGCUGCAGACCCAACAACAGGAGAAAACGGACCGAAUAGGCUUUAUGGUGAGACAGCUUGAACUUAAUAAUCCAGAUCAAACCUGCAGAUCUUAGAGCGGUAAUAAAGUUUACUGAAGUGUCUCCAAACAACAAUGAUAACUUCAUUUUCUCUUUGCCUCUCUCUUUGCAUUGUUAUUAUCUACAAAUCUCAAGGUAAUGUCUUCGUCCAUAUUGCAUCACUGCUGUGUUUUUAACAAUAAUCUGUGUAAAGCAUCAUAAACCAGCUGGAAUAAUAUAUACAAUUUCCCAAACCCACCAUCCUGCAAUAAAAACAUCUGAAUUUUAAGAUUUCUCUCAAGGUAAAACCAAAUUAUUUUGUGUUUGGUAUAAUCAUACAUGUAAACACCUGGCAACUGAUUUGUUUUUGUUUUAGUCUUUUAAGCGAUGUUAACAUUAUCCAUUUUGCAAGCAGCCUCAAAAUCAGAAAAACAAGUAGCAAAUAUUUGUUGCAAUAAUAUUUCACCUACAGUCCAGGGUUAAGUCCAAAGAGGCCCUGCUUGACGUAUGUUGUGACUCAUUCAUUACUGUGUCAGUGGCUUGUCACGCACACAGCAGUUAAUCUCCCCUUUAUAGUGAAAAGGAUGCUUGUGCAGGUGUCCUAAAGCCAGAGUUUGGUUGCAUGUGUUGUUGAAGGAAUGUUAUUAUCUGGAAUGGUGGCAGUGGCUGUUAUGGUGUUGAAGAACAAAUAACCAAUUUAUCACCUCAUUAGCAUUGAAACAUCACUUAAAAACACAAAUAAUGUUUGAAUUUGAGGUGUCAUCUUUACCUUAAUCGCCCUUUCUGUGUUUGUUUGUGAGCCAUAGUGAUGGAAUAGCAGAAUUCCCUGUUAUUUGUGUCGCCUUUAUCUCUGCAGUGUUGGGAAAUGCCUGGGCCAAUGAGAACUUGUUCACGGCAGCAGAGGGGAUUAUCUGGUUUCGCUACCACAAUUAUGUCGCCACCAAACUACAGGAGGAACACCCAGAGUGGUCAGAUGAAAAGCUGUUUCAAAAUGCCAGGAAGACUGUUGUGGCCACAUUCCAGGUAGAGGAAAGAGUCUCUCUGUGUAAGGCUCGCACUGCACAGGUGCUGAUAUAGUUUUCAUCCUGGAAAAAAAUGAUCAUCAGGAGGUCACGGUUUUAUGGAUGGAAGUUUGCUGCCAAAUGCACCAUCUCUAAUUUGUUUGAGUUGAGUCUGUCUCCGUGGCAGCCGUUCAAGAUGUAAUUGCAAAACCGAAUUUUAAACACACAGAAAAAUAGACAUGCAGGGUGUCAUCUUCAUAAUUCCUUGUGAUUGUGUGAAUGCUUAGUGUAAAUAAAACAACCUCUUUGUCAUGUAUGUUUCCUUACAGAAUAUCGCUCUCUACGAAUGGCUGCCUGGAUAUCUUAGAGACAAAAAGCUUCCUGAUUAUCCAGGUAAGAAUCAUCCAGUGCGUGUGCGUACAACUGCAGGAGAACAGGUAAUGCUCUGGUGACCACAAGCCGUGGUAAGGUGAGCUAUCGUUGACAAGUAUGUGCUCCGUCAGCAAAGUAUCAACCCUGAGUCUCCCUUCUCUGCUGACAGGGCAGCCGCAGCUAAAGAAAGUUAGAAAGUCUAUGGUCCGAUGAGCAUCAUCACAUUAAUCACUCCUCUUUUUUCACAGAAAUUGAGCUUUUGGCGCCUCACUUUGGCUGUUGAACAAUUUUAAAGGGCCUUUCAGUAUAGGUUUUUAUCCAGCUGUAGUUUAUUCCAUCCUUGCUGUAUUAUUUUGCUUAUACAUGCACAUUUAACUACUUACAGGCUACCAGAAGUUUGUAGAUCCAGGAAUCUCUCCUGAGUUCGAGGCUGCUGUUAUGAAAUUUAGCAUCACUAUGACCCCACCUGGUGUUUACAUGAGGUAUUGUUCAUAUUUUCCCUAUGGCUUAAUGUGGAAAAUGGAAGAAGCUAUAUUUACAGGGUUUAAAAUGAAGUGUGACAUUAUCAAGUGCUACUGUAGACAGAUGGAAACUAUAAUGGAGAUUGUAAAAACUGACAGGAAUAAAAUAGUCUACUCUUUCCCUACAGAAACAGAACCUGCCAAUUUCGUAAGACCGUCAACGCAGAUGGAAGCCUUUCUCCGGCACUGCGUCUCUGCAACAGCUUUUGGAAACGUCAGGUUUGUUAUGGCAAUAAUUUUUCUGCAAGUGUGCGGAAGAAGUUUAGACUGCCAGAAGUUUUAAUCUCCGCUUUUUAUUGUGGAUACUGCUUACUUUUAUUUAGAAUUACCUGUUUCUUGUAUGACCUUAUGCAUCUUUUAAACCAUAGGUAGACAGUCAAGUGAUGUGACGUGUGCUAUUGUGUAUUUAUGAAGACAGAGUUAAAGUAUCAGAGCACAGUAUAAAAACUCUGACAAAAACUGUUGUUGCUCUAGUGGUCAGAACUUACAGUGUCUGAGAACAAAAGAGGAUAUUUAGAGAAACACUUCAAUUCUUCUGCUAAAGCUGUAUCUGUGGGCCUCAAGGCGAUUAAAUUUUACUUUUACGAUGGCAGAUGUUGAUGUUGAUGUUGUUAAAGCUGUGCCUUUUUUACUUUUUUUUAGCGAGUCAAUAUGGAGACAGGUCAGGAUGUAGACGACCUCCUCAUGGGCAUGGCUUCGCAGAUUGCAGAGAGAGAGGACCAUGUUGUAGUGGAGGACCUGAGAGGUUUAUAAUCCCUCUUAUUCUCUGAUACCAGAAGCAGGUUUAUUACAAAUGAAAAAUAAAAGUAGUGGUCCUAAAUCAUUAUAAAUUUCACGAAGAGAAUAUGUUCCUUUUGUUCAUUUACUUACACUGAUUUGCACUCUGCAGACUUCAUGUAUGGACUCUUGAGGUUCAGCAGGACAGAUCUGGUUGCUGUGACCAUCCAAAGAGGAAGAGACUUUGGUCUUCGUAGUUACACUGAGGUCAGAGAAGCUCUGGGUCUCCCUCCUGUUAUUACCUUUGGGGACAUAAAUCCUGAGCUCAAUAAAACUGAUCCACAGGUGAAACACAGAGUCUCAUUAUAAAAAAGGAUGAUAAGUGAAGAACUCAACUGUGAAUCAAAGUAAAUCUUGUGUUCCUCUUCAACAGCUGUUACGUGGUGUUGCAGAACUGUACGACAGAGAUGUCACCAAAUUGGAGCUGUUUCCUGGAGGACUCCUGGAGUCUCAGGAUGGUCCAGGUCCAGUUUUUUCUGCCAUCAUCUUGGACCAGUUUGAACGAAUCAGAAAUGGAGACCGCUUCUGGUUUGAGAACAAACAAAAUGGGUAAAGUUUUCACUUAAAGUCAAAUAGAAACAAAUUUCAAAGUAUUCGUUGAUUACUGAUAAAGUCUAACCAAAAUUAACGAGGAUAAUGCACUUCAAUGACGAAUGAAAUGAUCAACACUCUCUGGAUCUUAUGUAGGAAAUUUCUCCAUUAUGACAGAGAAGAUAAACUGGUUUCCAGAUCCCCUGAGAGAAAGGGCAAAUUUGUUGACAGAAGUCUAAAAAGCUUUUUUUUUUUAAGUAAAAAUACUCUCUGAAAAAUGUCAUUUCAGUUCCAAAGUUUUUGAAAUAUUUGUCACUUGAAAAGUUUAACAACAAUGAAUUUGCUAGUGUUAUAGAGAGGCAGGGCAGAGGCAAACCAACAUGUAAGAAUGAGAGAAAUUGACAUUGAGAGGACCUCAACCUUUCUUAACCAUCUCUUGAAUACUGAUUGAGAUAAUAUCAACUCUACACGUUUAAGUCCUCUCACAAUGGUUGUGUGCUUUUGGAUGUUUUGCAGUUUGUUUACAGAUGAAGAGAUACAGCGAAUCCGCAAUGUGACCUUUCAUGAUGUCCUGAUUGCAGUUACGAGCGCAGAAUCCGCUGAUAUACAAAAAAACGUGUUCUUCUGGACAAACGGUACAAACAGGUCUCCUAUAUUUGAUUCAUGACUGCAUAAAUUACAUAAUAGUCAAAAAACGGAUUAAAAGACAGUCCCUCUGUUGCCUCAGGUGACCCUUGUCCUCAGCCCACUCAGCUCAAUGCAUCGAUGCUCCAUCCCUGCACUCGAGUUACCACACUUAAUUACUUUGAUGGGAGCAAAGCUGGCUUCGGGAUAUUCAUUAUUGUUCUCUUCCUCUUCCCUGUUGGUCAGUACUAAACCCAGAAAUGAAUCUCUUUGUGAACAAAGAAAAAACAAUACAGACAUAGCCAAUCAGCAGUUUCUCUGUGUAACUGUUAAUAAGCUUUGGUUAUUUCACUUUCACAGUUAGUUUUCUUGUGGCUUGUAUGGUGGCGAAGCUCCGCAAACACAGAUACAGAAAGUUUCAGAAAAUAAAGAAAGUUGGAGACAGAACAGAGGGGCCAGCUCUGGGAAUCCACGGUAAGAAACAAUCUGUCUAUACUAUACUUUCGGUAUCAAUUAUAUUCUCUGUAUGAGCCAAGAUGUACAAUAAAGUCAGUGCUCGGGUUGAACAGUAUUUUUCCACAUCUGAGCUAAUUGAAGUCAAUUUUAACUCAAUUUCUUUGCUCUCCAGCCUACGAGUGGCAAGGCCGUAAAAAACCUCUGCAUCCCGUCAGUGUGGAGAUUGAUGACAAAAGGAGGCUUCAGGUCUUCGACAGAUCUGGGUCCGCUCACCGCUGCAUUAAUCUCAGCAACCAGGACUACCUGAAUGUCCUUUUGUCCCACAACCGUCACCAAAAAGCUCUGCUGCUCAAAGUUUUCAAAGAGUAUGACCUGGUGAGCAGCCAGCUGUUUUACCCUCAUGUUCCUGAUUAAAAAAAAACACUCAAGAUGUAACAAAGGACUUCAAUAUUAGUCUUGCUGCUCUUGCAUUUUGUGUAAAUGUUUACAACCAAAUUCAGUGUUCACAUUGAGGAUUGUUUGCUGUUGAAGCAGAUACAGCUUUCCCAUUUUGCUUCUACUUUCAUUUUUCACCUUAAUACAAGCAUGACUCUGCAGAUGUACCUGCUUAUAUCACUUUUAUCUCCCUCUCGCCCCCUUAAUCUUCUCCUGACGCUCCCUGUUUGCACAUCCAGGUGCUGUUUUUUGAUGACGAGAGCAAACGUGCAGCAUUCGUCAAGCGUCUGCGCCCUGGGGUGACAGACAUGAGGCAGGAGAUUAGAGUGAAGGAGAUGAAAGAGGAGGACCUGCUGAAGGAGGCUUUAACCAGAGAGCAGAGGGCUCAAAUUGUGGAAACUUUCAUUCGCCAUGCUUUCUCUCAGGUACAGUCAGCCUCUGGACGUUUACCUCAUCCUCUGCUGGGUAACAGCACCAGGAGACUUAGGGUCGGCCACGAAACUAUCGUCAGCGCUUGUUUGAGGUUGAAUUAGCUCCAACCUCUGGCCAAAAGAGCUAAUUGUUGGUCAUGAUGAUGACUUCACCAUUCCUGAGCAUUCAGUAACCUCAGUUUACGUUGAUGUCACUGAUGACACUAUGGUGACGCUCUCUCUGGUUCACAGGUGUUGGAAAUUGAGAAGCGUGACGCCGGGGACAUGAGUGGCGUUUCCCGCAAAAAAGCCAAGGAGGUUCUGGAGUGUGAGCUGGCAGCGUCAGAGUUUGCUGAUGUUCUGGGGCUCAAGUCGGACUCUUUGUUUGUGGACUCCAUGUUCACGCUGGCUGAUAAAGAUGGAAAUGGUUACCUCUCCUUCCAAGAGUUUCUGGAUGUGAUGGUCAUCUUUAUGAAAGGUAAAAAGCAUCGAUCCAACAGGGUCUACCUGUGAGACACAAACACAAAAUAAACAUUUGUUCCAAUUCAGUGUAAGAGGAAGUGAAUCUCUUUUUAAAGCGCAUUUAAUAAUAUGAGGAUGAUUCAAAGUUCCCAGACGGAGAAUGAGAAAGUCUCUGACACUUCAUUUAGAUGAUCAUGUAAAACUUAAAGGGAUAUUCCGGCAUAAAAUUAAUUUAGGGUCAAACACAUCGUAAUACCGAGUUAGACACCCCCUCCAGAGAUGAAUGUUGCCGACCGCUUGCUUCUCUAGUUAUACCAACUUUAAUAACAACCAGGAUAGCAAUACACAGCCAUCUCAGGAGCCAUAAACAAACCUCAACCAAAACGCCACUCUAUAGCCACUAAUAAUGCUCAGAACAGCACCUAACUUUAUCAACAGGACAUAUAGGGUCCCAGCCGUAGUACUAGCCACCAAACAUCUUUUUAACUUUGCCUAAUUUCUUUUGCAGUCACUAAACACGACUCACCUACUCUCUUCCAGCAGCCGCUUGUUUGUCGCGAGUCCUCGACCAGUCCAUCAUCGACUGCAGCGGGGUGACGCAGCUCAAGGAAGAACAUUUAUGAUCAUUUCUUUAUCAUUUCCUUGAAGUAAUAAUCACCAUAUGAAUCAAACGUUCUUCCUUGAGCUCUGUCACCCCACCGCAGUCAAUGAUGAACCAGUCCGAGGCCUCGCUACAAACAAGCAGCUGCUGGAAGAGAGUAGGUGAGUUGUGUUUAGUCUUUUUGCUAAAGAAAUUAGGCAGUGAGGCUUGGUGUUACGGUGUGUUUGACCCUAAAUGAAUUUUACGCCAGAGUAUCCCUUUAAUAUCAAGACAAAUCAUUUUCAUUGUUGAGUAGCUGUUCUCCAGGUAUGACCUACUCUGACUGUGUACCUGCAAAUUAAAUGUCUUAGCACUAUAAUAAAAUAAUUGAAUCAAAGAACAAGAACUUUUCAAUGCGACUUUGAUCCAGACACCUUUAAAAAGAGUGGUAAGCUAAACAAAUGACGUGUAAUAUUUAUUGGAGGUCAGUGUACAGUCCUAUUAUUUUUAUUUUUUUUCAAACAGGGUCUCCUGAGGAAAAAUCCAAACUCCUUUUCUGCAUGCAUGACAUCGGUGGAACUGGUUUCUUAUCAAAAGAGGAAUUCGCCAGGAUGCUCAGGUUUGACUUUUCUUCAUUACUGCACAAAGUCAUCUUUUUUCUGUCAGUUGGUUCAUCUCAGCUCUUUUGAUGAAUCGCAGGUCUUUCAUUGAAAUCUCAAACUGCGCUCUGUCAAAGAGCCAGGCGGAGGACGGCAUCAAGGCCAUGAUGCAGGCCGCAGGCUUUGAUAAAAAAGAGAAAAUCACCUGGGAGGACUUCCAUUUCCUCCUGCGGGAUCAUGAGAAAGAGCUGCAGUUCGCUCAGCUCAACGUCAAAGGUUGAAGAAAACUUUGUUUAAAAAGAUCUAUUGUAAAUCUCUGACCUUGUCUGAUAAAUCACUGUUUGCUGUGUGUGUGUAUGUGUGCAGGCAUGGAGAAACAGGGUAAGAAGCGGCUGAGUCGAGACAUGAGAGUAUCCUUCAUCUGUCCAGGAAACAUGUAAGGAAGCGGGGCACACUGACUGUAAUCACUCACCAGACUGUAAACUACAACUGUUGCUUGUCACAUAUGAUGAUUUAGUGUUGCUUUUUCAGGUACUCAGCUGAUUUAUGUAUCCCUGGUGAUAGUUGUCUUAUAUUUUGUUUGCAGCCACAAGCUGGAGGGACAGGAGUUAAGAAGACGUAAAAAGUUUGUGACUCUUUUUGCUUCUAUAAUUAACUUCCUCAAUACAGCAUGAGCGAUAUUAAAAAAUAAAACAUUUCUGAUGCAAAACUAAAACAGAUUGUGAAUUAUGAAGAGAUUUAGUGUAGCCAUCCAGAUAUAUCUGCAUUUGCACCUCAAGUUCCUUCAGCAUGAAUUUAAGAGCACCGUGAUGUGAAGUAAACUGUCUUUUGUUGUUUUCAGUUUACCGUAAGGUCUGGAAUUUCUGAAGAAACUUAUUGAACCGUGUAUCAAAUGACAGAAAAAACAAACUAGACACUGAUUUGAUCUGAUGGCUCAAGUCUGGUUAUUUGAAUAUUUCAGGGCUGGUGUCGACACUCCAGAUGUCUAUGUGAAACCAAAGCGAGAGCAGUACAUAAGGAACCCAGUCCAGCAGAAGGUCCAGCAGUUCAAACGUUUCAUUGAGAAUUACCGCCGUCACAUCGUCUGCUUCAUCUUCGUUUACGGCAUCACUGCAGGCGUGGCUUUUGAAAGAUGCUACUGUGAGUGACAAAAAUUACACACAAAGUCACGCUUUCUUCUUCUUUUUGGAUUCAUUUAGGGCAUUGUAACUUUUCCACUCGUUGUUUCAGACUACGCCUUGCAGAGUGAAUCCACAGGCAUACCUGAGACAUCAGUGGUGGGCAUUGUGGUUGCACGUGGCACUGCUGCCGCCAUCUCCUUCCUGUUUCCCUACAUGCUUCUUACUGUGUGUCGCAACCUCAUUACACUGUGCAGAGAGACCUUCCUCAACCGAUACAUCCCCUUUGAUGCUGCCAUUGAUUUCCAUCGCUUCAUGGCCAUGACGGCUGUCAUCCUUUCAGGUUAGUGGACUAAAAAGGAAUCAUGAAAUGACAACGCACAUUAAUAACAAUUAGAGGUGGAUGAUGUCUUCAUUCAGUUGAGUCUUCUUUGCAUGAGCUUACUUCUCUUCUGUAUCCCGACUGAAGUUGUUCACAGUUUGGGCCAUGUGGUCAACAUCUACAUGUUCUCCAUUUGUGACCUCAGUAUCCUGUCCUGUCUGUUUCCCAAAGUCUUCAUCAAUGAUGGGUAAUGUUUGACAGAUGUGCCUUAUUUCGGCAAAUAUUUGUAUACUUUAGAGAGAGCAAUCUAUGGGAGCUAACACUGUGUUUAUAUUUCUAGGUCUGAACUACCAAAGAAGUGGUCGUGGUGGUUUUUUCAGACUGUUCCAGGUAUCAAGAGAAGAUUGUGUUGAACUCCAUUUGUACAUGAACCGCUUGUGUUGUAUUAAAAUAUCUUAUUUUUAUCCUGCUUUGUCUCUUUCCUAGGAGUGACCGGUGUCCUGCUUCUUUUAACUUUUGCAUUCAUGUAUGUUUUUGCCUCACACUAUUUCCGUCGCAUCAGUUUUCGUGGAUUUUGGAUAACACAUUACCUCUACAUCGUUGUGUACAUCUUAGUAAGUGCUUUUUGGGCUUUACAGCUCCCUCUGCAGUCACAUGGCUGUCACGACUGUAGGUGAUACUUCGAGAUCUGUGACGCUAGGUUUGUUUUCAUCCAACAGACAGUUAUCCACGGCAGCUAUGCCCUCAUCCAAGAGCCCCGUUUCCACAUCUACUUAAUCCCACCUGCGCUGCUCUUCCUGCUGGACAAACUUAUCAGCUUGAGCAGGAAGAAGUCUGAGAUCCCAGUGCUUCGAGCUGAACUGCUGCCUUCAGGUGACACUAACCUGGAAAAAAUCCUCAAGGAGUCUUCCUCAUUCCCCCUUAAAAGCUGUUUCCAUCCUCUCCUCUGAAAUCACGUGAUGUUUGAGUGUGGCCUGUAUCGAAGUUUACACUCCCCUUGACUUUUCUACCUGUAGGUGUGACACAUCUGGAGUUCAAGCGGCCGCAGGGCUUUGUGUAUCGUUCUGGCCAGUGGGUCCGUAUUGCAUGCCUAAUGUUGGGCACAGAUGAGUACCAUCCAUUCACACUGACGUCAGCCCCUCACGAAGAGACCCUAAGCCUUCACAUUCGAGCUGUGGGGCCCUGGACCAGUCAGCUGCGGGAGCUCUACACUGAAGAAAACGUGCUUGAGCUUGGAGCCUAUCCAAAGGUGGGUUACAUCUUUGUCUGUCUGUGGAGAAAUGUUGUUUUUCAACUUUCCAAUUUGCUGAUAUAUGUGUUUUAUCUCCUCCUUAGUUGUACUUGGAUGGCCCAUUUGGUGAGGGCCAUCAGGAGUGGAUUGACUUUGAGGUGUCUGUUCUAGUUGGAGGAGGCAUUGGAGUGACCCCGUUUGCCUCCAUCCUCAAAGACCUUGUGUUCAAGUCCUCUAUUAAGUCCAAAUUUCAGUGUAAAAAGGUGCUGAUGAACAUUAAAACAAGUUCCAGCGCAUUAUUCCAGAAUUUCUCAUGUUUAAGUGGAAAGCUUUCACCACAAAUAAACGAUCUCUCUUCUUUAAUUCACUGAUAAGGUGUACUUCAUCUGGGUGACACGAACACAGCGUCAGUUUGAGUGGGUGUCAGACAUCAUCAGGGAGGUGGAGGAGAUCGACACCCAGGAGCUGGUCUCAGUCCAUAUUUACAUCACCCAGGUGGCUGAGAAAUUUGACCUCCGCACCACCAUGCUGGUGAGAUUUACAUUUCCUAUUUCCGUGUGUAGAAAAACAUCGCAAAAUGCUUUUGCUGCUGCAAAAUACAACAUUACUCUGUCUAGUCUUCAUAAUGAGCUUUGUUUGUCACCUGCUUUUGUAUUUAGCACAGCAACUAGGGGGUUAGCUUAUCUCAGUCUGAAUACUGUUUUUAAAGAGAAGGUUACACGUUAAAAACCUUGGCUCACUAUUACCUUUGUUUCUCAUGGACAGUACGUGUGUGAACGCCAUUUCCAGAAAGUGUGGAACCGCAGUCUCUUUACCGGCCUCCGGUCAGUCACACAUUUUGGCCGCCCGCCCUUGGUAUCCUUUUUGAGCUCACUGCAGGAAGUUCACCCUGAGGUGAGUCCUUCAUCCAACCCUUUUCUACCUUGGUUGUCUUGAAAUUCUCCCUAAAGACAAGUCUGGACAACAUUAAUCAUCAGUUCAAACUUUGACAUGUGUUUUUACCCUUAGGUGGCUAAGAUUGGUGUAUUUAGCUGUGGGCCACCUGGACUGACCAAGAAUGUGGAGAAAGCCUGCCAACAGAUGAACAAGAGGGAUCAGGCCCAUUUUAUACACCACUAUGAGAACUUUUAA